AUGCACAUCCUGGUCACCAACGACGACGGUCCGCCCUCGAACCAGUCGUCGCCCUACGUUCAUUCCCUCGUCCACUCGCUCCAAGUCGCGGGCCACACAGUCUCCGUUGUCCUGCCUCACCAGCAGCGCUCAUGGAUCGGUAAGGCGCAUAUUGUCGGCGCAUCCGUGAAACCUACAUAUUUCCGCCCGGGUACCUUGCAUCAGGAAGAUGGGACGAUACACCACUUGCCGAGGGGAAGCAAUGGCGAGCCCGAUGAUGGCGGCGACGAAUGGAUUCUGAUCGACUCGACCCCGGCCAGCUGUGUCCAGAUCGGACUCUACCACUUCUUCCAGGAAAAGGGCCCGAUUGACGUCGUGGUGUCAGGUCCCAACUAUGGCCGCAACACCACGGCGCUGUUUGCUCUGUCGAGUGGAACUAUCGGGGGCGCCAUGGAGGGUGCUGUGUGUGGGAAGCGCUCCAUUGCUUUGUCUUAUGCCUUCAGUUCUCGAAACCAUGACCCCGUCAUUAUUAAAGAGGCAUCUGAGCAUUCGGUUAAGGUGAUCGAGCACCUCUGCGCCAACUGGAAGGAGGGCGUGGACCUCUACAGUGUCAAUGUCCCCUUGGAGCCUGGUGUGAGCCAGAAUAAGGUUCUCUACACGGAAAUGCUGGAGAACAAGUGGACUUCUGGCAGCUGCUUUGAACCUGCUGACCCCGCGACUGGCGAUGACCCGGAGCUUCAAGAGCAGCGACUGCGUGAUGUGGGCGAGAACACCGGAAAGAAGGCCGAUACGGAUGAAAGCACGACUGAUAAGCCCGUUGGGCAACCUAGGAUCAAGCACAAACACUUUAAAUGGGCGCCUAACUUCCAGGAUGUGUAUCGAAGCGUGGAGGAGGGGCCUGCCGGCAAUGACGGUUGGGUCGUCAAGGAGCAGAUGACUAGUGUCACGCCUCUUAUAGCGAGCUUCAAGCAUAUGCCCGGUAUCACGGGAGAGAUCAAGCUAUCAGAUAAACAGCCAACGAUAUUCUCCAUUGUCGACUGUGACGAUCCCUACGUUCAAGAUCUUGUCGAGCGAGCACUCAAAUACCGUCUCGGAGAUACUGCUUGUAUCAAGCGCAUCUCAGAUCUAUCCGAACUUCCCGAUCCCACUGCACCUUUUUUCCAGUAUCGCGAGUACGAGCGACUGGACUUUGAGCAUAUAAUGUCGCACUCGUCCACUUCCCUUGCAAACGCAUACAUCAUCCGCAAGGCCCUGAUCCGCAAGCAUUACCUGUCCAACACGGUGGCCAAUUGGAUCUCCAAGCAUCCGGACAGUAUUCUUAAACAUCAUUUCAAGCCGGCCUUCGAUUUUGAGCUCGACUACUCCGAGUUCCUCGACGAGGCCCUUCUGGAGGCAUACGAGCUUCGCGAAAGCCUGGAAAAGAACGAAGAACGCCCAGACUCCGAGAAGGAAUGGUGGAUCCUGAAGCCCGGGAUGAGUGACCGCGGACAAGGGAUUCGCCUCUUCAGCAGCGAGGACCAACUCCGCGAAAUCUUCGAAGAAUGGGACGAAGAAUCCGAUGUCGAAGACGAGAGUGGUUCUGAAGAUAACGUCCCUCAGACCACAACUCCCGCCGCACACGACGAUGGCGUCGUCACUUCUCAACUCCGUCACUUCAUGGCCCAGCCAUACAUCGAUCCCCCACUUCUUCUUCCCUCGUCCUCGAACCGUAAAUUCCAUAUCCGCACAUACGUCCUCGCCACCGGUGCUCUGAAGGUGUAUGUUUUCAAGGAGAUGCUCGCCCUCUUCGCUGCCAAGUCCUACUGCGCACCACACGAAUCAGAGGACGAAGUCCAAGAUCUAGCCCGCCACUUGACAAACACCUGUUUCCAAGAAGGCGGCGCCUCCAACGAGGGCAGCGUGCGUCGCUUCUGGGAUCUGGAUCACCACGUUCCCGGCCUCUCAGAAGACUGGAAGGGGAAGAUCUUCGAGCAGAUUUGCGCCGUUACAGGUGAAGUCUUUGAAGCCGCGGCCCGAGGCAUGAUGGUUCAUUUCCAGACAUUGUCUAAUGCAUUUGAGUUGUUUGGUGUUGAUUUCUUGGUGGAUGCGGAAGGCAAUGCGUGGUUAUUGGAGUUGAAUGCGUUCCCUGAUUUCGCGCAGACGGGCGAGGAGUUGAAGGAGGUUGUUGUUGGGCGGUUGUUUGAGGAGACGAUUGAUGUUGCUGUGAAGCCGUUCUUUGGGCUGGGUGGGGAUGAUGGGGAGGGGAGUAUGAAGUUGGUUGCUGAUUUGGAUCUGGGAAGACAUGCAUAG